GCCACCGUGCCUUCGCCAUGCAGCUAUGUUAAAAGUUGACACACAACAAAACAAUUGGUGAAAAUUCAUCAGGUUGCCAUCGAGCAUUACUGUUUCCAUAGCAACCAGGAGAGAAAAUGAUUGAGAGCGGUCGAGAGGGAGAGGCAUGGAAAGAGAGAGUGAGAAAAAUGGAGCGAUAGAGAGAGAAGAGUAUGCGGGGGAGGCUGUGUUGGACAGGAACGACCACUUUUUCAUUCCCCAGCUCAUCCAUUCAAUGUUUUUCCCCUCCUUUGGCAGCGUGCAUGUUCGGAAGAAAGGAGUGGGAGUGAAGACGAGACUGACGACAGCCGUCGACGAUGACAUAGCAUGCCAGGCAUCUCCUCGCUACGGCUUUGCCCGCCCACCUCCGUCGCCUACCCGAGCCACACACCAACACGCCCUGAAUCCCACCUCCACAGACACACUCCCUCCCUCCCUGCCUCCUCUCCCUCCCACCCUCUCUCUCCCUCCCUCUCUCUCUCUCUCUCUCUCUCUCGGGGACGUGAAGGUCUGCUGCAGAACCUCCGCUCUGUAAUCAGAUGAGAGACGCCGAUAAUCCUGAGACCAACUUCCUCUCGUCCGCCGCUAGCCGAGCGCUUCGAGACCGAGCAGCCUCAUCGCCAUGGCUGAUACCAAGCCACCUGCGUCUGAACGCUUUUCCCCGUGCGGCCAUCUUGGCUCUGGUGGGGCCAUUGCUGAUGACGACGAUGAUCUCGGGGUCCCGAUUUUUCACCUUUCGAAGAGCCUGACGGACGUGGCGACAGACCCCCGAGACGGGGAGGAGGCGGCGAGGUGCAGGCCGGACCUGAGGAAGAGUGCCAGCAGCGCCGUGUGCCCGCAAGAGGCCCCCGAAACGCCGUGGACCCCAGAGCUAGCCUACCGGGGCGUCGCAGGGACACCGCCCCUGGGAAGCGCACCCAUGUCCACAGCUGCUGCGAAUCACCUCCGGCCAUGCAAGGGGAGGGGCCUAGUGCCCGGUGGGCACCUCCCACAGACGGCAUCCUCCAGCAGGGACCUCAGGGGAGAGCGGCAGGACCAGGCCCUGCAGAGGAGCCACUCGGUCUGCCUCCACGCAGCCAGAGAGGCCCGCAGCAGGGGGCUGGGCUCCUGCAGCGAGGCUGGCUUGACCUGCUCCGGGACAGGCUGCCGCUUCAGGCGAGUCCCAGGCUGCUACUCGCUGGGGUGCCGUCAGGCCGCAAGCGCGCUGCACGCCGACGCCAUGCCCCCCUGCAUGGGGGGCAGCUACUGGAGCCCCACGGCGCCGCGUGGGGGGGUAUGGAUCUGCACCCCCAGCCCAAACAACUCCCCAAGGGACAGCCGGAGACAUAUCUGCAGGGCGGCCUUCGUCGGAAACGCAGCCAGCGACCAGGGGCCAGAGCUUCCCUGCCACCCUACGCCGUCAGCCGUGGACGCAGGAAGCGGUGGCGAGGCGGCGCUGCCCCACGGCAUGACGCUCAGCUUUCCCCGGCUCACCGCCUCCGUCAGCGACACGCGGCUGGACUCCAGACACCACGUGGCGGCAAGGUGCUGCGGUGUGGCCUCCCCCAGCGCGUCCGCGGUACGCCGCUCGACCGAGGGGGGCCGGACGUCCAGGGAAGCGGCGACCAUGACCUCCCGUCUGGAGCUGAGAGACGCGGGGGUCCAGACGGGCCCCCCGGAAUCCCCAUCGCUCCACGUGUUCCCCAAAGUCAGCCUGGCGGGGGAAGACGGCGAGGCGGGCGUGGCCGAGGAGGGGCCGGGGGCGGGGCAGACCUCGCCGGUGAAGGAAGUGCUGUGGGACGCGGAGGGCAUGACGUGGGAGGUGUACGGGGCCGCCGUGGACCCCCAGGAGCUGGGCGUGGCCAUCCAGAGACACCUGGAGCUGCAGAUAAAGGAGGUGGCUGCCAGCCGGGCCUUGAAGCUCUCCCAGCGGGAUGCAGGGAGAUCCCAGCAUGGCGGCCAUCGUAAGAAGAAGAGCAUGAUAGCGUUGCUAAGGAAACCCAUAUGCUGCAUCCGCCCCAGAACAACAGGGGACUGAUGGGGUCAGCUUUAAACCUGCAUCCACUGGAACUCCCCAUGGCCGCCUAGCCUGUUCUGAAUGGAUGCCACCAAUGGAUCGGCAGGCAAAAUGAUGCCACGAUCACGUAAGCGAUGGAACGCAUUAUGACGUCACGUUGUACUUUCACACAGCCUCGUUUUAUUGCGAAACGAAACGACGGAAUCUCGACCUACCGAUCGCCGCCCCUCUCAAGUCCCGCUCUUUUGCCGCAACGCCUGCACCUCUCGUUCGAAUCUGUGGCUUGCGCGGGUUUCAACAGACUGCAUCGAUGUUGGAUUUCAGACGGGCGAGUACCAUUAACACUCAUGACUCAAGAAUGUAUAAAAAUGUGCGCACACAGGCUAUUCUGAGGAUGGUUGGAAUCAUUCCGAGAAGUGUUUUGUCGAGAGACGGAAUUAUGGUUUCAAAUGUCAUCGUAAAAAGUGCAGUGGACUUUCAUUGCAUUAUACCAUUAAAGCAUUUAAUUUAUUCCACCUGUUUUAAGCUCACUUCAAUUUUGUUUAAGUGACUAAUUUGAAAAGGAGUAAGUGUCUCAUCCUUUGUGUCAAAGCCCUACUGAAAAUGGUGUUUCCAAGCCUCAUAGCCAUUAAUGUCCUCUGUUAAAAUUCAACUGUCCAAUCCACUCUAAGUGAAUUGUGAUCUGCAGCAGGGUAUAAGUGUUAAAAAUGGACUGUGUUACUUUUGUCAUGAAGAGAUUCUUUUUUUUUUUUUUAAAACCGUGUGCCAACCAAUAAAAAAUUAUUUUGCUUGA